AUGUCUCCUGCGCCCUCACCUCUCCAGGUUCGUGAGAACGAAAAAAUCACACUCAGUGACGGAACUAUUCUCUCAGCUUUGAUUUGGCUCCCGGAAGACGCCGAAGAUAACCCAGUGCCUGCAAUUCUUGAGUACAUUCCCUACCGGAAACGUGAUGGAACCAGUCAUCGAGAUGCCCUCAAUCAUCCUUACAUUGCAUCACACGGAUAUGCAUGCAUUCGGGUCGACAUGCGCGGUUCAGGAGACUCUGAAGGCCUUCUUUUGGGUGAAUAUCUCAAACAAGAGCAGGAUGACGGCCUUCAAGUCUUGCGUUGGAUUGCAUCAAGGACCUGGUGCACUGGCUCUAUUGGUAUAAUCGGUAUUUCUUGGGGAGGUUUCAAUGGACUUCAGAUCGCGGCUCUUGAUCCCCCUGAACUCAAAGCCAUUAUAUCGAUCUGCUCAACCGACGACCGCUACGACAAUGAUGUCCACUACCAGGGGGGCUGUCAGCUGGUCGAGAACUUUCUCUGGGGUGCGACUAUGUUUUCUAUUGCUCCUACACCACCAGAUCCUGCCCUCGUUGGUAACAAGUGGCGCAAAAUGUGGAUGGAUCGCCUUGAGCUUGGAACGCCAUACAUUGCGGAUUGGCAUCGACAUCAAAGACGAGAUGAAUUCUGGAGACACGCUUCCAUUUGCGAAGACUAUGCUGCCGUUAAGUGCCCUGUCUACCUUGUGGGUGGAUGGCAUGAUCCAUACUCAAAUUCUAUCUUCCGGAUGCUUGAGAAUCUUACAUGCCCAAAGAAAGGAUUAGUCGGGCCAUGGGCUCACAAAUAUCCAAACUUUGCAAAGCCCGGUCCCCAGAUUGGCUUUUUACAAGAGUCUCUCCGGUGGUGGGACAAAUGGCUCAAGGGUGUGGAAACCAACAUCAUGCAAGAGCCUAUGCUAAGGUGUUACGUGAACGACACUGUUGGCCCGAAGAGACUCUACAACCACCGUCCUGGGCGAUGGGUUGCCGAAAUCAACUGGCCCUCUGAUAGCCUGGACCCGAUGUAUAUGGGGCUCGCAGCAGGGCAGCUCCUUGUCACACCACGUCAGAAUGUGGAGUAUCUGACGCUUAAAUCCCCUCAGACCACCGGAUUUGCUGCAGGAAGAUGGAUCUCUUAUGGCACAGAAUGGGAUAUGCCGGGAGACCAAAGGGAAGAAGAGAUCGGAUCUUUGGUAUUUGACGGCCCAACUCUCACCCAAGCCUUGGAUAUCCUCGGUCCUGCGAACCUUGAUCUACGUGUUGCCAGUGAUAAAAGAUGGGCCUUUAUUGCAGCAGUGCUAUCAGAAGUCUUGGCUGAUGGCAGCGUUACAAAGUUGUCGUACGGUCUAUUGAACCUCACCCACCGAGAUAGUCACGUCGAUCUGCAAGACCUCCAGCCAGGCCAUUUUUAUACCGUCAGAAUCCAGCUGAACGAAUGUGGCCAGCGAAUCAGUGCAGGCAGCCGACUUCGCCUUGCUCUAUCAUCUGCAUACUUCCCUAUUGUUUGGCCGUCACCCGAGGCCCCAACUUUGACAAUCGAUUGCUCUUCAAGCCAACUAGAGAUUCCAAUGCGGAAAGAAAACCCGCUGGACAAUCAAUUGAGACCUUUUGAGCCAGCGGUGAAUGGUCCGCCGCUGAAGGCGGCCGUACUGCGUCCUGCUGGGGCCAAAUCCAGCAUCACCCGAGACUUGGAAACUGACGAGGUCACCAUUGUCUAUGACAACGACGAAGGAUUAUUUGAAAAUCAAGACAACGGUUGGCGGUUUGGUGGAACGACCAAAGUCAGCUGCCACGUUCGGCCGGACGAUCCCCUGUCGGCACGCGCUGAGCAGGUCUUUCGUCAAGAGUUUGGCCGUGGUGAUCUCCAUUUGGCAAUCGACGGCCGAGCUGAAAUGACUGCUACCAAGACAGACUGGCACAUAUCCACCCACAUGGAAGCUUGGGAGAACGAGGAAAGAAUCUUCGAGAAGCAGCACAAGUAUAUAAUCCCACGCGACCACAUGUAA